AUUCCCAGUAUUGAAUCAUUUGCUCAUGUUGAACAAACACGAUUCAUGAACCUUGAACAGUCUGGAACGUGGUCUAUUUUCGGCUUGUUGUAACGUAUAAAUCCGCCAUCGUUUUCAGAGAGCGAUAUUAAAAACGGGUUUGUACAUUACAAUAGUACCCACAGCUCUAACUGGAGGUCCCACCAAGAUCUUGACUAUCGAAGGUUCUUGGAGGUCCUUUAAUUUAUUGCUCUUAAGAAAAUAUUAACUGCCCACAAUAGUAUCCACAGUAGUCUGGGUUUCUUUGUUGAAACAUCAUGAAACUUGUUAAAUGUGCAAUCCACCACUUAAUUCGAUAAUGGGUAGAGAUAUUCAGGCACAUUAGAAAUUUUUUUUUUUUUUUUAAAUCUAAGUCACAAAAUGUGCCUAACUCUACAGUACUGUUUUAACUACAUGCCUCUAUAUUUCAAUAACUAUGGCACACGAUUAAUAUCCAGUUUUCCUUUUCUUCCGAUAAUAAAUAUUCUACCCUCCUGCAGCGAGACGUUAUAUGACUAAUGCACAGAAAUGUCUGAUGGUGUGUACUCUGAGCUGGAUAAAUGAGCACAGCUCCACCUGUUGGUGAGGGAGUAUAGUACAGGCAAGCAAUGAAUCUUCCACCAGAUCUUUGUCUCUUAGAGCACACCAACAACAACAAAAAAAAAACAAACACAAAAAAUACAUAAUACAGUGGAACUUUGUUUAAAAGCAACAUCUGAAGAAAGGCCAACUUGCAAUUAAGGCCAUAUUUUUACAAUCCCAAUUCCACUAACUUCAGUGUUAACUGACCUUCAAUAUUAAGGCCACAUUUUGUUGGACCCUUGGCUGGCUUUCAUAAAAAGGCUUCACUGUAAAACACUCCUCUUCAUUUAAUGCAUUUCAAUGUUUAUAGGUAUGCUCACUCAUGCCACCCAAGCUUCCUAAGCUGUGACUGCAUCAAAAGUUCUUCUGGCAUGAACACCACCCACAGGACACAGGAAACUCUUGUAAAAUGAUGCUCUCAAACCAAAAUGAUAUUAAAACCUCAGCCUUCUGAUGUAUCCAUACAUUUAAGAGAUAAACAAGCUGUGAGUAUUAAAAUAAGUUCUUUCUGGAAACCAUAGGAUGUGAUGUAAUGGACAGAUCACAGCAUGUGAAAAUAAUGUGCGUACCUUGCUCUUUACUUCCAUAAUCUGAGGCAUUUUCUGAGAACUGAAACUUCAGACCCAACGCAGUGUGAAAACCAUUUCCUCACCGAGACCUACAACAGCACAGCUCAAUGGCGGAUAUCUGCAAUAUCACGUUUGAUAACUAUCAAAAAGAUAUCUUCACCUGGUUGUACAGUGCUUUAACCAUUGUUGGAUUUCUUAGCAAUGGUGCUGUUCUAUGGGACUUGUGGAAGGCAGAGAAAACAGUGACUGGGAUUUUCACGAUCAACAUGACAGCUGCAGACCUGCUUUUAUGCUGCAGCUUCCCAUUCCGGAUAGUGUACUACCAACGCAGCUCGGAGUGGGAACCGAAUGCUCACUUGUGCACAGCAACCAUUUUUACAACUGUAUCACUUUUUUACAUCAACUUGUAUUGCAAUAUUUGCUUCCUAAUGUGGAUCUGUAUUAACCGGUAUGCCAGUGUGGUGAGACCAAAACAUGUAUUUUUUAAAUUUUUCAAAACCCCCAAGAUAUGCAAAUUCCUUUGUGCUCUCACAUGGACUGUGACACUCUGUGCAACCUUAUCAAACCUCAUUCACAACCUUCUAAAAAACUCUGUGCCAGCCAAAUCCUGCUUCGACCUCAUUGCCAGCAAAACCAGAAAUAAUUACAACCUGUUACAUGCCUUGUGCAUUGCAUUGUUCUUUUUCAUUUUAAUCAUCUUAUUAACGUUUUAUACCCUGCUGGUUUACCAUCUUCAGCGGAUGCAGGAUGGAAAUUUAGUGAUGAGAAAUCAAAACAUUAGCUUACAAGUGCGGAGAAAGAUCCUAGCUACCGUGCUGGUCUUUGUUGUGUGCUUUGUGCCGUACCACAUAGAGAGAGCCAUGCUCUUGCUGUCCAACUCCAGCGACUGCACGUGGCAGAGGAAGCAAUACAAAGCCAAGGCUGGAACCAUUCUGCUGGCAGCUCUCAGCUGCUGCGUUCUCCCCCUGCUCCACCUCUCUUUUCAUUUCAGGUGCUGCAAAGCCAGAGCUGCUUCUCACACAAGAAAUAUCCACCCUCACACUCAUGAAGAGCAUGCAAUUGGCUACCGUUUACCAGAAACUACCCGCAGUUAAGAAUACCACCCUUCAGCCAACCCUUUAAUAACAUUGUAACCACUCUACUGGAAAAUAUGUAAAACCUCCAGCAUCUAACAACAAAAAACAACUACUUUGUAUCAUUUAUGAUAUUUUAAUAUAACAGUUUGUCACAUGGUAAGCAAAGCAAGUAAAGACAAAUUGGAAUAUAUGUCCCAUAGAUCAUACUGUCCAAAAAGACAAGGUGUAAUACACAUGUCAUCAAUAAAGAAAUGACUAAGCUAUUGUGAAAUUACUAACCAAAAGACACUAAGGGGAGCUUUUACAUUUGUGUGCUUUGAGAUAUGAGCUUCAUACUGUAGAAUCUUCACACACUGUGAACAACUUAUAUCAGAGAUCAUUUGAGGAGUGAACUUUUAGAGUUUCACAUUUCCAAUUACAUAAACACUGCAUGUUAAACCUGGUGGUGACCCUGGUGUUGACCUCUCGCCUAAUUUGGUGGCCACAUUGAGGUCAUAUCAAUGCUACAGAUGUUUCUUUAUUGAUAGUAUCAGUGUCCACACACUACUAUACACAUACAGCAAGUGUACUGCCUGCAAAUAAAAAAGGAGACUUGACCCAAAGUGGCAGAUCACAACAAGGUGCUGGCUCUUGCUUCUUUAGUCUUUGGUGUAUAUCUACCGGGCAGCAGACAGCUAGAACUGAAGACCAGAUCCAAAACUCAAGCCAAAAACCAUUAGUUAUUUCUAACAUCCUCAAACCCCACCCCCCAAAAAAAGUUUUUUGUGCAAUUACAGAACAUGAACAUCUUAACCCUGUGACAGGGAUAUGCACCCCACAGGUGAUAAUAUUACUGGCCCACGGUGAAGAUCAGUGGAAAUUAAUAACAGAAAGCUUCUUUAAUAAUGCUUUAAUAAAGAAUUCCUAACCAUGUUGGAAAAUAAAUACUGUAUACAUUUUUCACAGCUGGAUGCGUAUACAGCAUGACAUCCUGUUUUAUUAUUAUUAUUAGUUUAUUUAGCAGAUGACUUUAUCCAA